UCCCAAUUCCAAUCCGACACGAGGUGACGACCCCCCAAGCCGGGGAUAACGAGAAAUAUACUUUCGAAUCCGUCGCUAGUCCACGCGUCCUAAAAACACAAACCGAAUCUAGAAGUUUAUUCCGACAACGAGACAUACGAUACGAACUAUUAGGCCCCCCUUGGGAUUGGUGCACUUCACUUCGCGUCGAGCAAUGGCGAGUUCAACUCCGCAGAAUGUUAUUCGCAGGAAACUAGUCAUUAUUGGCGAUGGAGCUUGCGGCAAGACCUCUUUGCUGAGCGUCUUCACGCUUGGAUACUUCCCAACCCACUACAUUCCGACCGUAUUUGAGAACUACGUAACAGAUUGCAGAGUCGACGGCAAGUCGGUACAAUUAGCAUUAUGGGAUACGGCGGGCCAGGAAGACUACGAGCGAUUGCGACCGCUCGCAUACUCGAAGGCGCAUGUGCUACUAAUAGGCUUUUCGAUCGAGUCGCCUGAUUCUCUUGACAACGUGAAGCACAAGUGGGUAGAAGAAGCGACAGAACGAUGCCCCGGCGUCCCUAUCAUCUUAGUAGGACUAAAGAAGGAUCUACGAGACGACCCAGUAGCGAUCGAGGAGAUGCGCAAGAAGAGCCUAAAGUUCGUGACGGAGCGGCAAGGCGAGCAAGCCGCGCAGGAGGUCGGCGCGCGCAAGUAUCUCGAGUGCUCGAGUCUGAGCGGGGAGGGUGUCGACGACGUGUUUGAGGCCGCCACCCGCGCCGCUCUCCUCACCUUCGAAAAAGGCGAAGGCGGCGGAUGCUGCGUUAUAUUAUAAGGCGGCGCAGCGCAGCGCAGUACGGCACGGCACGGCACGGCAUGGUACGGUACGGUACGGUACGGUACGGUACGAACUCGACGCGACUUGUAGAAUGGGCCACGGGAAUCGACACACGAACACGAGCAGGAAAUGUCCCCGGGGAUCA